CAGCAGCAGGCCCUCCAGAUGCGGAGCCAGCCGUGCGACAGCAUUGCAGGACUUGCAGCGCGCAGCCCCCAGGCCGCCUGUCCGCAAGUGCCGCCUCAGGCACUCCCGCCGCCGCCCCCUUACCCGGGCUACAAGCCCAACACGCUCAACACCAAGACGCUGCUGCCGUACAACGUGACCCCGCCGCGGCCCAAGGGUCCCACGGAGGCCGAGAAGAAGAUCGAGGCCCUCAUGCGCCAGAUCGAAGACGAGCUCGAGCAGAACCCGCCGGAGGGAGAGUUUUUCGGUAUCUGCCAUACAUGUGGUGAAAAGGUGACAGGUGCUGGCCAGGCCUGUCAAGCAAUGGGCAACCUCUACCACACUAACUGCUUCAUCUGCUGUUCAUGUGGGCGUGCUCUGAGAGGCAAAGCAUUCUAUAACGUACAUGGCAAGGUGUACUGUGAAGAGGACUACCUGUACUCUGGCUUUCAGCAAACUGCAGAGAAGUGUGCAGUGUGUGGACACUUGAUUAUGGAAAUGAUUCUGCAAGCAAUGGGGAAGUCUUACCAUCCUGGCUGUUUCCGCUGCACAGAACUACAAGCCUGGUCCGCUUUCAAGAAAGCAUUCGCGGAAUCCUUCACCGCCCGGCCCUGCAAAAACUCCGUGCUGAACAGCGUCUACGUCGGCGUGCUCAACAGCCCGGCGAGACUUACACAAGCUGCAUAG